AUGGUGACAGGGAAGAAGAAGAUGACGAGAAAGGAGGAGAAGGAGAAAGGAGAAAAGAGGAGAAAGGAAGAGGACACGACGAGGAACGGCGACAAUGAAAGAGAGGCACCACGCAAGCACAGCCCACAGACGGCAGCCUACUGGACUGUCCGCUCGACGAGGUCGCGGUACAUGGCCUUGACGUCCUGCACGUCGGCCCGCAGCUCCUCCACCAGCUCGCUCUUCUCGCCCAGCAGCUCCAGCGUCGUGUCGUACCGCGCCUGCAGGUCGCCCACCUGCGCUUCGAGCUCCGUCACGCGCGCCACCGCGGCCCGCCCGCUCUCCGUGUCCUUGAUCAGCUGCAGCACCUCGGCCCGCGCCUCGUUGCGCUGCUUGGAGAUGCGCGCCAGCUCUUCGCGCGCCGCGACCUUUUCGCUCUCGAGCCGCCGGAUCGCGGCGCUCAUCCGCUCGACGAGCUGCACCGACGGGCCCGCGGCCACGGUCGACACAGACACCAUGUCCUGCAUCAACGCCUGCUGCGGCGACGCCGAGCGCUCCAUGCCCUCGAGGGGGUCGUCCUGGUCGACCGUCGUGUGCGUCGUGCUGUUGCCGGCCGUGGUGCUGGCGCCGCCACCGCCGCCACCACCACCGCCGCCAGAACUGGAGUGGACGACGGACGCCGACCCGCCGCCUCCUGGACCCGUCUCGGUCGUGGGGCUGAACACAAGCGGCAGGCCGCCGCCGCUGUUGCUGCCGCUGCCAAGCAAACUCGAGAGCGGUCGGUUGCCGGGGGGCUGGCCCGAGGGCCUGCGCAGCGAGAAGCGCUCGGUUGGGUCGUCUUGGCUCGAGGGCGCCGACGCUUUGCGCAGCUUGUUCGGCAGGCCCUGGAAGCCCAGCAGCUCAGAGCUCCAGGUGCGCGACGGGUUGGGCAGCAGCGGCGUCUCGGGCCGGCUGCUGCUGCCGCGCAGCUGUGGUGGCACCGGCGACAUGGGCGGCAGGCCCUGGAUGUUGGGCAGGCUCUCGAGCCAGUUGCCGCGGUCGUUGGCGUCGCCACGCCUGUCGCGCUCGCCGUGGUGGUGCUUGUCCUCCUUCCACGCCGCCGCCUUUUGCUGCACGGCCUCGUCGAGCUCCGUCUUGAGCUGGUCGCGCGCGGCCUCGGCCUCCUCGGCCCGCUUCUUCAGGGCCUCGAUCUGCGCCUCGUACGCCCCGGCGUGUUCGUGCGCCUUGGGCAGCUUGAACCGUGCCUCUUCGAGGUCUUCUUCGUUGCGCUUGGCCCGGAGAGCUGCUUCGCGCGCCUUCUUGCGCAUCUCCGACUCCCGCUGCAGCGCCUCGUCGCGCUCCUUUUCGAGGUUGGACACGCGCGCCAGCAGCGUCGUCUCAAUGCCUUGCCAGUUGUCGCUGGCAAUCGAGUACUGCGACUGCAGCGUCUCGACCUGCCGCAUCAGCUUCGCGUGCGAGUCGCCGGUCGCGCCCGACGACGCCUCCUCCGCGCGGCCGCGCAUCGCCUCCAGCUUGCUCUCCAUAAGCUGCAGCUCGUUCUGCAGCUCCUGCUCGACCGUGCGCGUGCGCUCCGCCGCCUUGUCCGCCUUUUCCUGCCACUCUUUGAUCUGCGCCUUGGCGCGGUCGGCCGCCAGCGACUUUUCGAGCUGCGCCGUGGCCACCUGUUCUUCGAGCUCCUUGACGCGCUGGCGCUCCUUUUCGAGGGCCGCAUCGUUGAUCGCGAUCUUUGUCGCCUCGGCGUGCUCGUUGGCCGUCUUCAAUUGCUGCCGCAGGUCCGCAAUCGUGGCGUCCUUGGACACGGCGUCGGACCGCAGGCCCUCGAGCUCCUUGUGCACCUGGCUUAGCCGCUUGAGGCCCUCCUCUUGCGCCCGCUCGAGCUCGGCGGCGCGCCGUGCCCGCGCCCGCAGCGUCUGCAGCUCGCCCUCGGUUUUGGUCCGCGCCGUCUUAAACUCGGCAAUCUCCUUUUCGUCGUCGCUGAUCUUGACGCGCAGCUUCUUGAGGAUCGCCCGGUGCUUCUCCUCCAUGACGCUCAGGUUCUUGCCUUCUAGCAUGAUCUGCGCAAUUUUUUGGUCCUGUUCGGCCACCUUCUUCUCGAGGCUGCCCGGCGCAGCAUCGGCGACCGCCUUCUUGGCGGCCUCGGCGGCCUCGCUGGCGAGGUACUGCACCUUGGCCUGCAGCAUUUCCGUCUUUUCGGUGUGGUGGUGGAUCUCGUCUUGGUGCUGGCGUCGUUGCUCGAGCAGCUCGGCCUCGAGCUGCUUGAUACGCGACUCGCGGACCGCGUCGAGGGCAGCAGCACUGGCCGCUGUGGAUUGGUUUGCAGCAACGGUCGUAUCAUCCGCUGAUGUGGAUGCGGCAUCGGCUGCCGUUGUUGUUAGUGUUGUCAUCGGGUUUGGUGUCGAUGGUGCGGCUGCAUUGUCGUUCGACUCAUGA